AUGUCCGCCUCCUUCUCGUCCUCCUUUACGAUAGAGAGCAUUCUUUCACGGCCGACCCAUCAACGAUGCAUGCCGUAUUCAAUUCCACACCCGUACCCAAUUAUGCCUUUGGCACAGGGUUAUAUAGGUACAGUAUUUUUGUGUCUUCACACUGCGACGCAUCUCAACAAGUAGAUAGUUUUUCUCCCUUUUCACAGCAACCGAUACCUGCAGAUGUUGGACAGCUGUCGAUCUAAGGCAGCUCUGUUGCAGAUUAUGGUAGGAUACCUUCCUUCACGUGGUGCCAUUUGAGAGACCAUCAACACAUCAAGGACUUUAACGACUUACAACUCUCACAAUCUCGCUAACACCUUAAUUCCUUCUACUCUUGAUACUCUUAUACCCACAGAUUAAGGUUUCAAAAGCUUAGCGUACUCUCAUAACAGAUGCUUACUGUAACUGCAGGGCAACUACGUGAAGACAAGCAGACUAAGUUAUCCUUCCUCUCCGUUCUAAUUUUUAAUGUCUGCGUCAAUCGAAUUUUCAGGAUUUCCGCGCUUUGGCGAUCUUCUACGCACGCAGCCGAAGCGUAAGAGAAGGCAUCGAACGAUAUUUACAGAAGAACAACUCGACCUGCUGGAGGGUACCUUCCAGAAAACGCACUAUCCUGAUGUUCUCCUCCGAGAAGAAUUAGCGAUGAAGGUCGAGUUGAAAGAAGAACGCGUCGAGGUGAGUCAACUUCACUCCUAGACAAAAUUAUGACGGCACAAGUAACGCAGAUCUAACUUUAAAGUCCGUAAACGAAAUCCUAGGGUAUAGCCAUUCACAGAAAGCCUCUCCUAAUUAAUGUACUUUCGCAAGGUACUAUUUUAUCCUAAGGGUUAUAAAAGACGAAGUAUUUCGUGCGUUUUGACUUCGGCUUUAAUUAUCAUCACAAGAAACUCUAGGCCCGUGCGUGGUUGUGAAGGCGUUUGUUUAAGCACUGCAAACAGGUUUUAUUAUUAAAUAUUGCUCAACCACUUAAUCCUCGACUUCAAAAGGUAAAGAGGGUCAGCAAGUUAGUUUUUGUUAUCAUACAACGACUGCAAUUCUUUAGUGAAGUGUUUGAACUUAAUAGGUACAAAUCGCGGAAAACAGGUCACAAAUGCCAUUUGAGGCACUCGCCGCCUUAAGCGGAGGAAACCCAAAUAUGCUCAAGAAUAUCUAUCUAGAACUUGUAAAAAAUAACAUUAAUAUCAACAGAUCUAUAUUUUCCCAGUACCGGCGAAGGAUAAACAUUUAUAAAUUAUUACGAUAACUCAGAAUAGUUUUCUUUUUCUCUAUCUCUCUCUCAAAGAAUACUUGCGCAGAGGUUUUGCCCCCCGCCAAACUCAAAAUAGUUCAGUUUAAUGCCUACACGUUGUCAAAUGUAUCUCACAUUACUCGAUUCUAUUGCCGGACUCGCUAAAAACACGCCGCGGCCUAAUCUUAAUAAUUGUGGGGUAAAUAUGAUAGCAUAUCGCUGUCAAACUGCAGAAGAUUAAUGAUUUCAGUUGAACGACACUAGCAUCGCGGCCUGUCCAGAGUUUUGAGUGACAUGUAUGCCCAAGCUUUGCUAAACACGCCCGUUAUGGAAUAGUUUUCCUACGUGGUACAGCCUUUUCAUUUUCAACACGAAAAUGUUGGAGUAAAGACGGCUUCAAUGGUCUUUAAAAUGGCAUUUGAUAAAUAAUCAAGGCUUAAGCGAGAGUUGGUGCUUUUCAGUCCAAAAAGUGUUACCUCACACCAUCUUGUGAAAACAACCCGCGAGCUGAAGCGUUUGAAGAUAACAGGUAUUUUUAAGUUAUCACGUAAAUCAUUCUAACAUUCUACUAAAAUUAGCGUUGUAUUUUUCGUGAUUUCCCAUCAGUUUUAGGAGACCAGCUCUGCCUUUGUAAAAAUAGGCCGAAAAGAUUUUGAAAGAGAGGACCUGUCGCCACCAAGAUGGCGCGCCAUUUUGCGUUCGUAGAGUUACACCCUUUCUCGGCGCUAGCCUUGAACAUAGACAGUUUCCUAGGACUGUUCGCUAAGGCCCAUCGAAGCAAUCUUUAAUUUCAGAACGCCGUAGAAGGACAUUGUGCUUUAAAACAAAUCUGAGGUUUGAGAUUAACACAUUUACAGCAUUCGUGGUGUGAUAAACGGAUUUACACUAGUGGCGACCAGAAGUCUUGAAGAAGUGUGAAUUCUCGCGCUUUAUAAACCAUAGGUAUUAAGCAUUUAAUUUAAUCAUGAAAAACCAUACUUCGUGUUUGGCACUUCAAAGUCAAUAUGGGACGAUGUUUUCGUUAAUAAAAAAGAAACACGUUUGUUACGAUUUCAACUCCAAAGUUGACCUUAGCAAAGGUGCGUCUCCCUUUUGUCGUUCUAAAACAAAGUUUCGGCAGCUUGUAAUGUUGGUCAAAGAAGUUGACAUUGCUUAGUUUUUACAAAAUUUCUUGCACCUUUUUCCUCAAGGGGAGGUUAAUAACUUAAGGCAACAGAAAUGUGUUGGUAAACAUACGGUUCGGGAUAGGCUUUUAACAACGAGUACUGGCUAACUCCUUGCUUGAAAUACUCUUUACAUGUGUUUCGAACAGUCGUUUUCUAUUUCAAAGCCAAAACAUUGUUUGUCUGUAUUUCUUAAGAAGUGCUCUGAUAUCAGCAAGAAUCAUAUUUUGACAGUCGCUUUUGUUCCGGUUAAACAAUGCCAAGCUUCACUAUUCCGACGGAGUUGGCGGCGAUGGAAGUCCAUAAACCUACGUGCUUCAUCUGUGGCUGACAUCGCAUCAAACAGACAAGGCUUGACCUUCACUUUUAUCAAAGCUAAAAAUGAUGCAGUAGUCUCAAUUUGAAUUGAUUUUCCCUGGAGUGAACUGGCUUUUCAGUAAAGUAAGUGAUGUGUAGUUUUUUUUUUAAGAAUUAACCAUCUUUUUGCAAGUUUCUACGCGUAUAGAGUUAGAUUCUAAAACGACCGUGUCGUUUUUUGGAAUGUACAGUACUUUCUUUCGUUCUACCAAGUUUCUAGUAAAAAGGAAAAAUGCCGGAAAGUUUAUGUUAAAGAAGCAUGAACAGAAACUUUAACGAAAGGAUCUAGACCAAAUAUGUUCAAGAACUAGAAAAAAACAAAACAUUUUCGUGGCAACCUCUGGAAAUGAUGAUGUAGGUGAAAUUUUUCCAAAUGAAACGGGUUAUGUAUACAUAUGCCAACAUGAUCAAACCCAACAGUCACUUUCAAACUAAAAGCUAUACAUAAAAUAAAAUAGAUGCCGAAUAACUUUCGACUCGUUGAUUCUCCUUCUAAUAGAUAAAUUUGAAUUAUUAACUUGAAUACAAACUUAUUUGGUCAAUUUAUCCGGACACUAUGAUUCGCAUGGCGCAUAUUCGUCUACCUAUGAAUAAAAGCGUGAAGUGUAACCAUUCGAUUGAUGUGCACUCGCCUUUGCCGGAGUGCUUUUCUCUCUUUCUUUUCUCGCCGGGUAAGAUUUAUUUUCUUUUGUUGAAGUGAAAGGUUUCUCCGUCAGUCCAGCGUCUGUUGUGUAUCAUGCGAAAGCAUCUACAAGUUCACACUACAUUAAUUAUCCACCCAUCGACUCGCGUCAAAGACCAGAGACAGGAAUCCUCAACUCUCUGGGGCUUCUCUUAAAACAAACUGUGGUUUACUCUUCAAACUUAACAGACACGUACAGAAACUGUAUUAACACUUGCAUUGGACUGGGUGGAUGAAUACGAGACUUUGUAACACAAUGAACUACAAAAAGGAAGCAUUUUUCUGUCUACAUAUGCACUCGCGUCAAAGACCAGAGACAGGAAUCCUCAACUCUCUGGGGCUUCUCUUAAAACAAACUGUGGUUUACUCUUCAAACUUAACAGACACGUACAGAAACUGUAUUAACACUUGCAUUGGACUGGGUGGAUGAAUACGAGACUUUGUAACACAACGAACUAAAGGAAAGGAAGCAUUUUUCUGUCUACAUAUGCACUCGCAUCAAAGACUAGAGACAGGAAUCCUCAACUCUCUGGGGCUCUCUUAAAACAAACUGUGGUUUACUCUUCAAACCUAACAGACACGUACAGAAACUGUAUUAACACUUGGAUUGGAAUGGUUGGAUGAAUACGAGACUUUGUAACACAACGAACUAAAAAAGGGAAGCAUUUUUCUGUCCACAUAUCCACUCGCGUCAAAGACUAGAGACAGGAAGCAAAUCUCUAGGGCUUCUCUUAAAACACAUUAUGCAUGGUUUACACUUCAAACAGACAAUGUACAGAAAAUGUACUGACAUUUGCAUUGGAUUGGAUUAAUGAAUAAGGAGACUUUGUAACACAACGAGGCAAGUAUUUUUCGAAACGAUUCACUGAGGUAUUCCAAGAAGAGAUCAGAUAUUCAUUAUGGACGCCUGAGUAAUUGUAUGUAUUCCCUGGGGCUCUCUUGUAAAAUUAACGGUAUAAUUCGCCUGCAUUUUACCCGCGUGUCCAUUUGCUUGUUGCCUUUGACUAAUCGACUUUUAUUGUUAAAUUUGCUAUUACCUUUUCUUGUUACGAUGUGUAUAGUUCAUGAAAGAGGACAAGAAUCGUAACUUUUUGCUGUCGCUCGUAGGUUGUUGUUUCAAUGCGCAUCUUGCGUCAUAUGAUUUAGUUCGCCUUCGCACUCUAAGAACUCGCCAGACUAAAAACUAGACCAGAAUUCUAAAUUUCAUUUUGUAGAAUGCUGAAAAACAAAUAGUACCCAAGUGAAAGUACUGCCGAUGAGGUUUUAUAUGAAUGGUCAAACCACAGGAUUUCGUCCACAGAUUCAAAAGUUGGAAGUGAAAAUGGUUAACUAAAAUUGGUCCCUUUCCGUUAAAAAUACACUUAAUGUGAAGCAGAAUUUGUUAAGCCAUCACUUCAGCCGCAUGACAGUAAAAUAAUUUCCAACUGACUAAAGAAACAGGCUUUUGACAGGUUUACAGGAUAAAGCGACAUUUCGUGUAGUUUAUAAAAUUUAACUUCCUGUAUACUCUUCAGUAAGUCUUCAGAAUAUAAAGGGCGAGUAUUUAGCAUGGAAUGGUUAAACAAUAUCAUAGCAGUACAUUGUUUCGUCAGGGGCAUGUUCUAGAAUUUGAAACGUCUGUAAGACUUUUCCUAAGUUAGACCUCGAUCAAAACUGAUGGUCGGGUCCGAAUUAGCCGAAAAGUUGAAGAAUAAUUUACAAUGAUUCAGCUUUCCCUCCCUUUCCCUCUCCUUUCCCUCCGAGCAGAAAUUCCUGCCUCCAACUAGUGCAUCUAUCAUAACACUACCCUGUUUCAGGCUACAAGAUAGUGAUUUGCAUAAGUAGAUCGUAAAAACUGAUGUGAAAAACAGAUCACGCUUGUCAUAUUUUCCCUUGACCCUGUUUUAGCGACGUCCCCACUAUCUGGGAGCCUGGCACAGGCUAGUAAAACACAGGAACAGUAAAUAAAUUUUUCUGUUGUACCGAAUAGAUAAUCUAGGGACAAUUUAAAUUGCUAAUUAAUACUGAAAUAUAGAAGUGAAGUGACACUAGACCGAACUUGUUAUACAUAUCUUUGCUUUUUCCGGAGUGAAACAUUGGCAUUUUGAGGUCAAAGACUACAAUUAGACUCUGUUGGGAGUACACGAGACAGCCUGUGUCACUGACCGAAAAAAUAUAUAAUCCGUCUCAACUACGUCAGUUUUUAGAAAAUGGCGAAACUGACCAAGUUUUUGGAGGUUUAUUAAGUAUAACCUUCAACAGAACUAGUUUGAUGCAGUGUACCAACCAUAAGCUUAAUGCUGGGGUUCCAAAUCUAUUGUUUUAUCUCUAUGGUUGCGUUAUUAGUUUCUAGCUUUCUAAUUAAAACAAAUCUAUCAUUGUACACUGAUAUUUGUCUCCAAGAGUCAUAGCCGUAAAAAAUCAAAAAAAAAAAAGCUUGCCACUCAGCAUAAUCGCUAUUCCAUCUUUGCCGCUCAAGUAAAUUAGUAAGUGCCAUUUUGAAAACCGACUUAUUCUUAUGUGUUCCUCUGGCAGGUGUGGUUUAAAAAUCGGAGAGCGAAGUGGAGAAAGCAAAAACGCGAGGACCAAGAGGCAAAGAAGAAGAAAACACAUGUUUUAACACCAGAUGAAAAAACAAGCUCCUUGGAAGUAUUACCACAAAGAUCCCCAACAACUAUUAUUGAACAUGAUAUAGACAAUUCAAGUGAUGAGCUACACCUGAGGAAAACAAGCGAGAUAAUAAAUGAAAGCUAUGUAACCCAAGGGUCCUUCACUGAAACACCCAGACUUGAAGCUAAAACAAGAGGGCAACCAUUACCUUUUACUGCCAGAACUGAAGAGAGACGUUAGCGAAUAGAUGAUUACUUAAUUUUUUCUACUAACAAUGUAUAAACGGUCAUGUUCAAAAAUUAGGAAACAAAGUAUCAAAUUCUAUAUUUAAGACAUGAAGAGAAAUUCAGCGCAUCUGUUAAACACUUUUAGGACUUAAAGCAGAGGAUAUAGAGCCACAUUGUACAGUAUAUAGUGAAGAAGAAGUUCAUUCGCUUAGUAAAACAGAAAUUUGAACAAGUACACAUUGCGUUUUCCACACAUUUGCAAAAGUUAGCCUAGUUUUGCCUCAUAAGAUGCACAAGAUCAUUCGAAAGGUCUCACCAUUGGAUUUCAUCCACAGACUCAAACAUUUGAACCACCUUGUACAGCAUAAUCAACAGUACCACAGGAAAGUACUGCUCAGUUAGCUUUCCUUUGAAUGGUCACACCAGUGGUUUCGUCCACAGACUCAAAAGUUUGAACCACCUUGUACAGCAUAAUAAACAGUACCACAGGAAAGUACUGUUCAGUAGCUUUCACUGAAUGGUCACACCACAGGAUUUCAUCCGCAGUCUCAACAAUUAAACCUUCUACAGAAUAAUUAACAAUACCACGGGAAGGUACUGCUCAGUAACUUUUAUUUGAAUGGUCACACCAUAAGAUUUCAUCCACAGACUCAAAAGUUAGAACUACUUUGUAAAGCAUAAUUAACAGUGCAACCAGAAAGAAGUGCUCAGUAGCUUUUAUUUUAUUUACAUUUGACAGGAUAUCUAAAGUUAAGAAACAUCUAGUUGAAAGAGUAGGGUGAUGUCACUGCAUAUAACGUGAGACUUCCAACUUAUGGUAGCUUUUCCAAGAGAGCUGAUCAUAUAGACAGCUAGUAUAAUGUAUAUUUACACUUUGUUUAUCAUUUUGUUUAGCAAAGAUAUAUUAAUAUGUCCAC